ACGUUUGUGCUGAAGGCAUCACUCACUCUUCCACCAUUUUCACGUAUUAGACUCAACUCCCGGGUCACUACCGGCUGAUUCCGAGUGCUAGUAAUCAUUGCAAACGCCGCUCUCACAAUUUGCAGAGAACUAUGAGCAAGCUUGACAGCUCUAAUUCUCCCUCUACUCCCUCUUCCUCUUCCGUCGCGCAACCUCGCCUUCAACUCGCAGAUCAACGCCUGCACAUCAUGUCGCAAGAGCAUGAUUCCCAGCGGCAACGUCAACCGCCAAAUGCAGCAAUGCGGUUGCCGCAGCAUCCAUUUAUCGGACCUGCUCCAAACAUGCUGCCUGUCAAUCCGGCAGAGGCGACUAGAGCAGGUGCAGCUAGCAGCCACCUCUUCUUACCAGACCUGCCAACCUAUUCUUCGUUGUAUCCUGGAAAUUAUCCGGGCUUCACGCCAUACCUAGGGCCCGUGUAUCCGUACUCAAACCAUUAUCCGACCAUGCCGCCACGACGAAGUGGAAGACUCGAUAUCGCUAACAACACCAUCAAUGACAACGAUCUAGUCCAUAAAGCGCGAUCAGAUGCAAAGACAGCGAAAGAUAGCGACUUAUUCGGCGUAACCCAAACCAGGGGAGGUACUCUCACACAUACGUCUCUGGCGCACCCAGAAAACGAGCACAGUCGCCUUCCAUCCAAUAAUGCUGCACGGAAAACACCAGGUCAAGCGAAACGUUCCUCCCUAAACAACCGUCCAAAGAAUAGCCAGCCUCAGCCCCACGCAGUAGAUCCAAAAGCUGCCCGGAAACGACCCGGCGAGCAGGCAGACGCGUUGAAGCAAGAUCCUCCCUUCCCAAAACCAGAUACAUCAACCUCCAGAUAUAAAACACCGAAGCCUACAAAGACGACACAGAUCAAGCGCCAGGAUACACCACUCAGCAACAGUACGACACCGGUAUUGAGUAGGAGGCCAAGGAACCGGAGAGUGGUGUUGGACGAAGACGAUGAAACCGAUUCUCCUCUUGCUUCAAUCGGGGCGCAUGCUGCUAGCAUGGAACUAGCUCUAGCCGCCCUGGUUGAUCCUUCAGCAAAGCAGACCCGCAAUCCUCAGCCACGAUACGAGUACCCUAUUCCCAAGGAAUUAGAAGGUGUACGACAAGCGCUUGGUCUGGAGAAUUGGACCGAAUACCUGUUUCACAUGGAGAGUCUGUGGACGGGAGAAAGCACAGCGGACGAGUUUGCGGCCAACACAAAACGUCUGUUCUUGAUAUUCAACGACUCGAUUCGUAAGAGAAUGAACAAUAUGGUGGCAAUGAAGGUUGUGGUUCCUGUGCUUGAGCAACGAAGAGAAGAGGAGGAGCAGAGGAUUAAAGAGGAGAUGGCAGAAGGGAAUGAGAGCGCCCCGCAUAGCUCCAGCUUUGACUAGCUGCUUUUGGUCUUACAUGACCUGUAUUCUUUCCGCUCGCUUACUGUUGUGGCGUUGCUAUUAUUGUAGUCAAAUUGAACUCGGUGGGUUUGUAUGUCACAAUUAGAGCGUCGCUGAAGUUGGAGGGGCGUAGAAGAAGGUUUGUUAAUGAUCAACAAAAAUAAAUGCCACAAAAGCGCCUACGCUUCAGGACUGUUCCUGAUUGAUUCCCACUGAUUGAGGU